AUGUCUUCUAUAGUCACCGAUGCUUGGAAAGGAUAUCUCCUUCAACUUCAGAAACACCCUCUUAGAACUAAGGCAAUUACUGCUGGGGUUUUAGCUGGAGUCAGCGAUUCAGUUGCCCAGAAGAUUUCUGGGAUCAAAAAACUUCAAUUCAGACGAUUGCUUCUUUUAAUGCUUUAUGGGUUUGCUUAUGCUGGACCGUUUGGGCAUUUUUUGCAUAAAUUGAUGGAUAGAAUUUUCAAGGGAAAAAAAGGAAAUACAACUGUUGCAAAGAAGGUGUUAUUGGAACAAUUAACUAGCUCUCCUUGGAAUAAUUUGUUUUUCAUGAUGUAUUAUGGUUUGGUAGUUGAAGGUAGACCAUGGAGUUUAGUCAAGACCAAAGUUCGAAAGGACUACCCAACUAUUCAGUUGACUGCUUGGCGGUUCUGGCCUAUAGUUGGUUGGGUGAAUUACCAGUACAUGCCUCUGCAGUUUCGAGUGAUAUUUCAUAGCUUUGUGGCUUCUUGCUGGGGAAUCUUUCUGAAUCUGAAAGCAAGAUCAGUGGUAGUGAAGGCAGCAUAAAUAGAACCAAAUGUCUUCCCUUCCCCCCAUCAUAAUUUCUCUGAAUUAAGCCUUAAAAUCUCUCAAACCAUUAAAGAAAAAGAAAGGGGUGGUACUGAAUUAGUUGGCUUUUUCUUUAAUUUGGUAACUGUAGAAUCCAUUAGCUUUUUUAUUUAAGCUGUAACUGCUCAUCUUCUGUUUCGACUCGCACAAAUGAAUAAUACAAGGGUAGAUAUGGAAUAAAUAAAGUUUAACCCUAAAUCAA